ACAGCCUGUAGACACCAGGACGCAGCGGCGCAGCCGGGGGCUGUGGGCGCUGCAGCUGGAAUCCCUGGCUGUCAGUGCACCUCCAGCUCCGCACCCUGACCCCACGCGCAGCCCCCGCUAUGGCAGCCCCGCCGCAGCUGCGGGUUCUACUCGUGGCCGUCAACGCACUGCUGCGCAAGCGCCGCUACCACGCUGCGUUGGCCAUGCUUAAGGGCUUCCGGAACGGGGCUGUCUAUGGAGCCAAAAUCCGAGCCCCUCACGCACUGGUCAUGACCUUUCUCUUCCGGCAUGGCAGCCUCCGGGAGAAGCUUCGGGCCAUCCUGCAGGCCACGUACAUCCACUCCCGGAACCUGGCGUGCUUUGUGUUCACCUACAAGGGUCUCUGUGCCCUGCAGUCCCGCAUCCAAGGCAAGACCUACCAGGUGCACUCAUUCCUGGCCGCCUUCCUUGGGGGUUUCCUGGUGUUUGGAGAAAACAAUAACAUCAACAGCCAGAUAAACAUGUACGUGUUGUCACGUGUCCUGUUUGCCCUGAGCCGCCUGGCCGUGGAGAAGGGCUACAUCCCUGAACCCAGGUGGAACCCGUUCCCAGUGCUCACCGCGGUGUUGUGGGGGCUGGUGCUGUGGCUCUUUGAGUAUCACCGGCCCACACUGCAGCCAUCGCUUCAGUCCUCCAUGACCUACCUUUAUGAGGACAGCAAUGUGUGGCAUGACAUCUCAGACUUCCUCAUCUAUAACAAAAGCCGCCCCUCCAAGUAAUUCGGCCCUGAGGUGUCCAGCUGUGGCUCAAGAUUUGGCUCCUCGCAAACCCUCCCAAAGGAUCCUGCCUUCUCAAGAUCAUGGGCCUCAGACUCCAGCUGGUGUUAUCCCAGGGUUCCAUCUGCCAAAGUAAAAGCACUGAUUUUCAACCCCAGUGGGUACUCUUAAAUGGUGGCACAAGUGGCUGAAUCAGGCCAAGGAAUCUAGGGCUUGGUUCCAGCUAUAAAGCUGACUUCUGUGAGACUGGGGCCAGCCACACUGCUCUCUAGGCCUCAGAGGUCAUGGAGCUCAGAGGAGGUCCCUGAGGUCUCUUUCUGGUGGGUAUGUUCAUUCUUCAACUGUUCUUAUGUCACAGAGGGCUCCCUGCUGGUGGGCAGUGGAUUGUAAAUACUUAAAAAAACAAGCACUAAGUUCCUCAUCUCAGAUAUUCUAUUGGAGAAGUUCUAGAGUCCCACGGUCCAGUAGAAACAGUUGAGCCAUAGAUGUAAUUAAAAUGUUUCUAGUAGCCACAUUACAAAAAAGUAGAAGGCUGGGCACUAUGGCUCAUUCCUGUAAUCCCAGCACUUUGGGAGGCUGAGGCUGGUGGAUCACUUGAGCUCAGGAGCUUGAGACCAGCCUGGGCAACAUGGUGAAACCCAGUCUCCACAAAAAAUACAAAAAAUUAGCUGGGUGUGGUAGCACGCACCUGUGGUCCCAUCUGAGGUGGGAGGAUCACUUGAGCCUGGGAGGCUGCAGUGAGCCGAGAUCACGCCACUGCACUCCAGCCUGGGCGACAGUGAGACCCUGUCUCA